AGCCUCGUGUCUUCAGAGAACUAUAUUUCUGAGUAGAACUCUCUGUCAAAUGGAUCGAGAAGCUCCUAACAGAGAAGAUAUCGUAUUGAUAUGGGUUUAAAACAUGAUACUUCUAGUGGUGGUUGUGGGAAGGGAUAAUUUUUGUGUCCAAGAAUGUUGCUCUAUGGUGAUUCCUUCAUCCUGUGGUAUCUUGCGACUGCAAAUGGUAGCAACGGCUGCGACUUGGAAAAUAUUUCCGUCAGUUUGUAACUUCAACGCAAGAGCAAAGCCGCAAAACCCAAAAGCAAAGUCGCAAAACCCAGCUCUGCAUUUGGCCUCAAUUCUGAAGAAAGCAGCAUCCUUUAAACGCAGCCAAGCAGCGAAACCAAAUCACAGGAGCACCCACAAGUCACAAGUCAAUUGGCAAGUAGGAAAGAUAGAGAAAAGCCCAAUUUUGUCUACAAAGGAAAUGGUUCAAAUAUUAGAGCGGGAGGACACCCACAAAGCUCUAGAAAUAUUCAAGUGCGCCCAGGGACAUGGACCUUACAAACAUGAUCUUUAUACCUACAGAGUCAUGAUUCAGAAACUGCUUUCUGUAAAGAGGUAUGAAGAAGCAGAAAACAUGCUCAAUGAGAUGACCGCAAAGGAUUCCCGAUGCAAAGAGCCGAGAGUGUUCAAUAGCUUAAUCAGGAGCUUUAGCGAGGCAUCAAUGAUGGAAGCAGCUUUCAAGGUUUAUGAUCGGAUGCAUGAUUUUUGUGAGCCCAAUGUCGAUACGUUUAAUGCUCUUCUGAAUGCACUGGUGCAAAACAAUAGUUUUGAAACAGCUAUUUCGUUCUUUAAUAAUUUGGUCUGUGCCAAAGUUCCUGUCUCUGUUACGACUUUCAAUAUUGCCAUGAAUGCACUUUGCAAGGCUCAUAGGGUAGAGGAUGCUGUUGAGCUCUUGAGGCAAAUGCCUGAACAGCGUUACCUGCCCGAUACAUAUACUUACAAUACGCUAAUAAGAGGAUUUUGUGACAAAGGAAAUACCGAAGAAGCAGUUGAGUUACUCGUCGAGAUGACAAGUAAGAAAAUUAAUCCCACUGUUAGAACUUUGAAUACUUUGGUUCAUGGCUUUUGCAAGGCAGGAGAUCCCAAGAGAGCUUUGGAAAUAUGCAAUGAGUUUUUGACCACAGGUUCAUUUGCCAACGUUGUUACCUACACUUUGCUGAUAUGGGGCAUGGCCAAAGAGGGAUACAUUGACCAAGCUGUAGAAAUUCUACGCCAGAUGCCAGACAGGGGUUGCUCUCCAAAUGUGUUCUCGUAUUGCUCUCUCAUGGCCGGUUCCUGCAAAUAUGGAAGGUUUUCUGAUGUUAAGAAUAUUUUCGAUGAAAUGAUGCAAACAUUCAGUUUCCCGGGGGUGGUCCCCUUCAAUAUAUUGAUGAAUAGCCUUUGUAAGGAAGGGAAGUUGGAAGAAGCAUCUAGGGUUUUGGAUAGAAUGGAUGACAAGGGAGUUCGUCCUAAUGCUAUUACUUAUACAACAUUAAUUAGUGGAUACUGCAAAUCGGGUAAUAUAGAUAAGGCUAUGGAAUAUGUAAGCCGAAUGAAGGCAGAGGGUUGCACCCCCAACGUCACAACUUACACUACCUUGAUACAUGCUAACUUUAAAAAGUGUGACUGGGGGGAGGCCAAGAAGAUUUUAAGCGAGAUGCUUAGGAGUGACUGCACACCUGAUCUUGUAACAUACAACGUCUUCAUAUAUGGUAUGUGUAAAGAAGGGAAACUGCAGAAAACUGCCAGGGUGGUUGAUGAGAUGUUGGACAAUGGUUUCCCUCCUGACGUUUUUACGUACAGCACUGUGAUUCAUGCUUUGUGCAAGGGAGGCAAACUAGAUCAGGCUAGAAUGAUACUGAAAGAGAUGGAAAUGGAAGGGUCUUUUCCAAAUGUUGUUACGUACACAUCCAUGAUAUAUGGGUAUGGAAAGCAGGGUAAGUUCCAUGAAGCCAUUAAGGUGCUUGAAGAAAUGCGCUCAAAGCAUUGUGUUCCUGAUUUAGUCACAUUGAGCACAUUGAGUAAUGCUUUUGGUGGUGAAUUCAGUGUUGAGCUGUGAUAUGAGUUCAUAAAAGACCGGUAUGAUGUUUAAAUUGGUGGCAAUUUUUCACAAAUGAUUGGAUACUAAUUCUUUUAUUUCAAGGUCUGUGUUGGAUUGGCCCUGUGGAUAUACCGCUUGAGAUAUAAAAAAAUCCUAAAUGACGUGCAAGAAGUUGAGCAGCUCAAUUAAUUUACUGAAGGCGUUUUUAUCAACUUCUUUUCCAAGGAAUGUAGUUUGCACAAGUCCAUGAUGCAGUUAUUGGCAAAAAUUGUUUUUUGAUUCUACUAUUAUAAUAAAAGUGCAGAAAUAUAUGGGAGACGCAAUGAUUUUGCUUAAUUUUGUAAUAUACGAGGUAAAAUUACAGAGUUUAAUGAUAAGUUACCAGGUUGCAUUAUUGAUACAUGCAACAAGGUCGAGGCUCCAAAAACCAUGGAUAUUUGCUUCUUUAUUACAGACAAGCUAAGCAAUGAAUAUCUGGGAUCAGAUUUGAAGAAGAGAUUGCACUAGUUAUGCUAGUAGAUUAUGCAAAGGCUGAUCACUUCACAACCGAUUUGAAGAUUUAUGAGACUCGGCUACAAAUAUUGCAGGAACAACUGGUAACGUGGACAUCCUUUCUUCCUCACUUUCUUUUUUCCUUAUUCUUCUUUUGGCAUUUUAUUUAAUAUCUAGUUAGCUUAGGAUUAAUGUAAAUUACAAUGCAAUCUCAAAUUCAUUGCAAACUUAAGUGUUUGAAGUGAAUGAAUAACAUUUUCUUUUGCCAAGUUUUAAUAAAAUCAGAAAACUUUGAAAUCUGGUUAAUUUGUUAAUCAAUGCAACUUCAUUUCACGCAUUACAACUUAGGAACAACAAUGCAAUCUAUCUGUGGUUAAGAUCAUUUAAAGUUAGAUUGAUGAACAUUUAUUCAAUCAUGCAAACAAUCACCUUCAUUCCUUCAUCUAGUGAACAGGAAAACUAGCUACCCUGUGGGUAUUUCCCCUUUACUCUCCUUGACAAAGCUAACAUUCUGACAUACCCUGAUGGAAAUACUGAGCCUUCAAGAGACUUAAUAAUACUUUUUCAAGAUAGUUAUUAUACUCACGAAGUUAUUGUGUCAAAAGACCCAUUAACACUUAGGAUUCCUAGAUAUAUAUUGCAUUAUCUGAAUCUCUCAGCUCAUUUUGUUGCCACCUCAAACAAAUCAUAAAUUAUAAAGAUGCGAUUACCUCAUGAGGGCUGUCUUGCAACCAGUGUUUCAUAGACUAAAUCUGUCUUGACUUUGAACCACCACAAUGUAGUGCCUGGUUAUGCCAUUUUCUUGAAGAAUUUCUCAUCUUUACUGCUCUGUUGGGACAAUGCAUGGCAGAACAACUAGGACUUCCUUCUUGAGCAAUUAUGAAAAUAUAGCUUCUUUUUCAAUCUAGUUGCCUUCCUUGCAUUACCUACUUUAUUUUGCUGCCUUCUGUAGUUUUUAGAUAUGUAUAAUUCCUGUGACGAUUUUAAUAGCCAUCCAAAGGGAAAAGAAGCUGAAUAAGUAACUUAUUACAUUUUCUUUUGGUCACCUUUAUAUGCCUGAUUCAAACCAUUUUCUAUGUAUGGUCUUAUUCAAAGAUUAUCUAAUAAAACAAGACUUGGCAGGUAGCUUUAAAAAGUCAUCUUUCCAUUUAUUGAUGACAAAAGAAAAGCAAGCCAAAAAUUUCAUUUACAGGUUGUGCAGAGCAAUAAUAUCUGAACCAUUGCACAUAUCCAUUAACAGGCAGAGCAAAAUAUGAGCUCCUUUUCCUCAGUUUUGAGUAAAUAUGGAUACAUCUAACACAAAGGUGGCAGCAGCAAGAGGGUCCUAACUCCGACAAGGAUAAGCGAGAGAAAUGUACCCCUAAGAUUACUCAAAUAGAAAAGAAUUGACUCACACUUCUUACUGAUCUGAAUUGGAUCAGUCAUUCAGUUUUUCUCAGUGUGAUGCUUAUCUAAUCAAUUGCAAUGGUUAUUAACGACCAUUAAUACAAUGCCACUAUGACACUCACAGUCCAAAUGAUGAAAACUAUGGGACAUGCAAAGUAGACAGUUGCAGGUACUUGUAUAAAUUAGAAGUAAGAUGCAAAAGGUUUCUGUUUAUAAUAUGGUUUGUCAGUGACUCAUUUAGUCUUCACUAUGGAAAAAAGAUGGGCAAGUGACGACUUUAGCAGCCAGUCAUCUAUGGAAAAAUUGAAGUUCGUUGUUUCAAUGAGUCCGAUUAAUUAAUGCAUUUGCACACUGGAGCAGCUGUCACCUAGAGAUGGGGACAAGCGUACACAUUUGACAGCUACUGAAUCUGCUCAAAUCCAACAAAGAUGAAGACCAACCUCUCAGAUCAGAAAUUGAGGUGAUCCCCGUUUCAGAUGUUGAGAUAGAAUGUUUGCCUUUGUUUGGUAAACUGAUUUGUGUGUAAAUAAGACAAUCUAGUUACUUGAUAAAUGUAACUAGAUUUGUAUGCUUGGAAAGCUGAGUGUAGGAGAUAAUUAUAUUGUGAAUGCAACAAGCUUGCGAGGGCAUUGCAGAUGGGUUGGUUCAGUCCCAAUGUGUUCCUGGAGGUUCUAUGGGAGUGAUUGUCUUGUAACUCUUGCUAAAUAUCAGUUGACAUAAGGAGGCACCACAACCCUAAGUUGCUGGAUGUUCCCACAUUGGAUU